AGAUCCUUGAUGACGGCCAGUCUCCCAGACACAGUCCCCGUAGUCCUAUUGAGUGGAGCACACAGCAAGUGACUAACUGGCUAAUGAGUAUUAACCUGGAACACUGUGUAACUGAAUUCACAGAGCAUAAUAUCAAUGGUGAACAACUUCUCCAACUGGACAGCAGCAAGCUCAAGGCCCUUGGAGUAAAUUCUCAAGACAGAAUGCUCAUUAGAAAAAAGAUCAGAGACAUGAGACUGACAGUUGAGAAGCUCCGGAAAGUCAAUGAGAAAAUGGAGAAACAAAAGGAGAGACUCCGCAAGCGGGAGCAUGAGCAGCAAGUGCGGCGAGCAAGGCGG